GGCCCGCCGGCCGCGCCGCACCUGCCCGCAGGCCCGGGCCACCGCACCCCGCUCUCGCCUCCAUCUCCCCCUCGGGCUCGCGGAGCGCCCGCAGCUCUGGGGCCUUGGCGGGACCCGGAAGGCGGCGGCGGGCGCAGAGCGGAGAUGCGGCGGCUCGGGGGCACCCUGCUGUGCCUGCUGCUGGCGGCGGCGGUCCCCACGGCCCCCGCGCCGGCCCCCACGGCGCCCGCGGCUCCCGCCGAGGCCGGCCCGGCUCUCAGCUACCCGCAGGAGGAGGCCACCCUCAACGAGAUGUUCCGCGAGGUUGAGGAGCUGAUGGAGGACACGCAGCACAAACUGCGCAGCGCGGUGGAGGAGAUGGAAGCCGAAGAAGCCGCUGCUAAAACAUCAGAAGUGAACCUGGCAAACUUACCUUCCAGCUAUCACAAUGAGACCAACACGGAAACCAGGGUUGGAAAUAAUACCAUCCAUGUGCACCGAGAGAUUCACAAGGUCACCAACAACCAGACUGGACGAACGGUCUUCUCAGAGACGGUCAUCACAUCUGUGGGAGAUGAAGAAGGCAAAAAGAGCCACGAGUGCAUCAUUGACGAGGACUGCGGGCCCACCAGGUAUUGCCAGUUUGCCAGCUUCGAGUACACCUGCCAGUCUUGCCGGGACCAGCAGACACUCUGCACCCGGGACGGUGAGUGCUGUGGGGACCAGCUGUGCGUCUGGGGUCGCUGCGCCAAAACAGCCACCAGAGGUGGCAACGGGACCAUCUGUGACAACCAGAGGGACUGCCAGCCUGGGCUGUGCUGUGCCUUCCAGAGAGGUCUGUUGUUUCCUGUGUGCACACCCCUACCUGUGGAGGGUGAGCUGUGCCAUGACCCCGCCAGCCGGCUUCUGGACCUCAUCACCUGGGAGUUAGAGCCUGAUGGAGCUUUGGACCGAUGCCCGUGUGCCAGUGGCCUUCUCUGCCAGCCCCACAGCCACAGCCUGGUCUACGUGUGCAAGCCGGCCUUCACGGGGAGCCGUGGUGAAGACGGAGAGAGCCCGGUGCCCAGAGAGGCCCCCAGCGAGUACGAAGAUGGCAGCUUCAUUGAAGAGGUGCGCCAGGAGCUGGAGAAUCUGGAGAGGAGCCUGUCUGUGGAGAUGGCCCUCGGGGAGCCCGAUGCUGCCUCUGAGCUGCUGGAAGGAGAGAUUUAGACCGAGGCCUGUUGUGCGGGUAGACGUGCGAUAGAAAUAGCUAAUUUAUUUCCCCAGCCGUGUCCUCUAGGUGUGGGCUUACCGGGCUUUUCUCCAUGGCCUCUUCCCAGUACGUUUUCCCUCUGGCUUUAAGUAAAAUGAGGUGCUGUGCAUUUGCCCAGCUCCCCCAGGUUGUACACCCUACAUGUCACAGUUCGGGUGCCUGGGGAAGACAGGGCUGUGUGGGAGGGUGGGGGUGGAGGGCGGCUAAACUGGUCUCGAUUAUUGGCCACUUUGCCUCCGAUGGUUGGCAUGUGGCACACUUCAUUUUGUUCUACAUCACCUUGGGAAUUGUUGGAGGGGUGGGGAUGGGAUGGAAAAGGAUGCAGGUUUCCCCAUGACGGGUUUCGGGGAAAUGUUGACUCUUUCACAUACAGAGAAGUGUGUCCUGCUUUGCAAACAUAAACCUGGUGAAAAUGUAACAAAUGAAUUUUCCAUGUACUUCUUCCCAUGGGCACAGGCAAGCUGUGCCUUCAGCUGCUGCGGGUGACGUGUUCUGCUCACUGUGCAUCACGUGCAUUCCUGUCCUGUCCUUAGUGUUACUCGGCUCCUACCUCUGUGCCAGGGCAGCAGCUUCUAUCACUCACCACAGUCUGGCGAGGAGGGUGGUGGUCUCCCCAUCUGUCAGGAUCUUGGAGUCUCAGAGACAUCAAGUUGCUUGCCCAAGUCACACAGUGAAGACCAGAGCAGGAUUUCAUCCAGGUGUGAUUCCAAGUGCAUGCUUUCCCUACCACUCCCUGCCAGCCUCAUUGCCACCAGAAGUACCCUCUAAAAGAGGAUAGAUGGGAGGGUUUUUUUUUUUUUUGAGCAUAUCUGGAAUUAAGGUCAAACUAGUUCACUGUAAGAUUAAACUUGUACUGUUAGAAAUAGCAUUAUCCGUAAUGUGGGGGUGGCCAUCAUUCUAGUGGAGACAAAUGACAUUGACCCUGUCCCCCUAUGGCAGUUAGUUAUGUUAGUGACUUUGAAGGUACAUGACUGGUGCAUAGUAUAUAUGUUAACUUGCCAGAAAUAGUACUUAAGUAAUUGUAGGGCCAGGAUUAUAAGUGAAAUUUGCAAAAUCACUUACCAGCAACUGAAGACCAUUACCAACCACAUGGAGAAAAUCAAACCAAGCAAGGCUCUAUGAAAUAUGGUUGUAAUAUCCAAACUGAGAGCACUGGACUGGAUGCUAUUCCAUAAAUGCUAUUUUCAGGUGCCAUGGACUGUUUCCAUCAUGUAUUCAUCCAGAGUUAUUAAAUUUUAAAAUUGGACAUGAUUGUAUAAGCAUGCUUUCUUUGAGUUUUAAAUUAUGUAUAAACACCUAUGUUGCAUUUUAAAAAAUCAAGCAUAAAUCACUGAAACUAC